CUUUCUCUCUCUAAGUUUAUGAUGUUGAGGGAAGAAAAUCUUGUGGGAGUAGGGCUUCUAACAAUCCUCCAUGUGUGCUUCCUUUCUGUUUGCGUUGCUGAUAAAAAUCAGACCUUCAAAUCUUCUUGCGGAGAUAUGAACAUCAGUGACCCUUUCUAUUUGGAAGAUGAUUAUGCGCCUAACCUCGGUCAUCAUCACCUCUUGAAAUUGAUCUGUGAAAAUAAUCGUACUAUGGUAAACCUGAAUUUCAGCGGAAAAUACCAUGUUUCAGACAUCAACUACAGUAGCCAUACCAUUCGGGUAGUGGAUCCGGGCCUAAAGAAAAAGGGCAUGGGAAACUGUUUCUCCUAUCCUCUCUAUUACUUGAGUGAAUAUCCAGAUGGAUAUGACUUUCCUACAAAUUCUAUUUCUGUAGUUUUCAUUACAUGCCCAUGGCUGAUCACUGGUGACAAGAUUUAUAAUAAGUAUAUUCCUAUCAUUCCAUGCAACACGAAUCGCAGCUCCCCUUUCUCGCAACCAUACGCGUAUGCAAUAGUUGGAGAUUUGGAGUUCGGAGAUAUUCCCGAUUCAUGCAUCUUGGACGGGAAUAUCGUCACUCAGUCAAAGGCCGUUGCGGAGGGAAGACAUUUAUCAAUGUCAGAUUUGCAAGAAGAGCUACUCAUGGGGUUUCAACUUUCAUUUCUGCGUACCAUCUGCACCAGAGAAUGCCAAGUGAAAGGGCUAUCCUGUGCUACGAAUUUAAUCAGCACUACUUUCAUAUGCUACAACGCCAGCGCUGUAGGUUGUUGGGAUUUCGUCUGCUUGAAGCCAAAAUGGAUCCAGACAUUGAUUGACAGUCUGCUUCACUUAAUUGCCAUAAUAUACAUUGGAGUACGAAUUGUACUUGGGAUGUUCAUGUUUGCCUACUUAAUCUACAAGUUUCGACGGAGACACUUAUCAUUAGAUGAUAAUAUUGAAGAAUUCCUGCAAAAUCACAAAAGUCUUCAACUCAUAAAGUACUCUUAUUAUGAUAUAAAGAAGAUGACCAACAGUUUCAAGAAUAAAUUAGGACAAGGAGGUUUUGGCUCUGUUUAUAAAGGAAAGCUCAAGAGUGGUCGAGUUGUUGCAGUAAAAGUACUGGUUAUGUCCAAAGCUGAUGGGCAAGAUUUUAUCAAUGAAGUGGCUACAAUUGGAAGGAUCCAUCAUAUUAAUGUGGUGAAACUUGUUGGAUUUUGCAUAGAAGGAUCAAAAUGGGCUCUUAUAUAUGACUUCAUGCCUAAUGGAUCUCUUGAUAAGUUUAUUUUUCCACAACAUGAAAACAAUACCCCCUUAAGUUGGGAGAGGUUGUAUAAUAUUGCACUUGGAGUAGGGCGUGGGAUUGAAUACUUACAUCAAGGUUGUGAUAUGAAAAUUCUACAUUUUGAUAUCAAACCACACAAUAUUCUUCUCGAUGAAGACUUCACUCCAAAAGUUUCAGAUUUUGGCCUUGCAAAGUUGUAUUCAACAGAUGAAAGUAUUGUUUCUCUCACAAAAGCAAGAGGAACAAUGGGAUACAUUGCUCCAGAAUUGUUCUACAAAAACAUUGGAUGCAUAUCAAACAAGGCUGAUGUUUAUAGUUUUGGAAUGUUGUUGAUGGAAAUGGUGGGUAAAAGGAAGAAUUUGAAUGCAUUAGCAGAUCACUCAAGUCAAAUAUACUUCCCAUCAUGGAUCUAUGAUAAAUUUGACCAAGGGGAGGACAUUGAAAUGGAAGAUGCCACAGAUAGUGAAAAAAUAUCUGUAAAAAAAAUGGUGAUAGCUGCAUUAUGGUGUAUACAGAUGAAGCCCACAGACCGUCCUUCCAUGAGCAAAGCAUUGAAGAUGCUAGAAGGUGAGAUUGAACUCUUGCAAAUGCCUCCUAAGCCUGCUCUAUAUUAUGAUGUAUUGAAUGUAGAGGAUCAGGUGAGCAAUCAAGUAGGAGUACCAGUUUCAUCACUUAAUGCCAUGGAUACAAUCACCUUAACCGGAAGGUAGUGCCACAUUGUAUCUAUUUGCAUGCUUUGUCCCUUGAUAAUGUUUUCUUGGCUUAGAUGUAAGGAUCGUUGCUUUUCAUGUAUCAAAUGUAUUUGUCCUAAAGCACUGGCUUGGUUCCUAGAAGGUCUCCAUACAUGAGUAGUCUUCUCCAAGGCCUUUGAAAUUCUUAAAUAAAGUUUUGUUUCCUUUCAA